CACGGAGCGACCUUCUGGCGGCCAUCUUAGCCUGCAUUUGGUAGACGAUCCUUUGAAGCGAUGAUUUCUGCGCGAGUUGCAGCAGCCCUUGCCAGGCAAUUGCCACGGGUUGGGCAAAAGGUGGCCAGACGAGCACUUGGUGCUGGCUUUGUUGCCUCAAGGAACUUUUCAACAUCAAAAUGUGCUGCAGCAUCUUCUCCCGAAGUCUCCACCAUUUUGGAGGAACGCAUCAUGGGCCACACAAGCAAGGCCGAUCUGGAGGAAACUGGUCGAGUACUUUCAAUUGGUGACGGUAUUGCCCGUGUCUAUGGUCUUAAAAAUAUCCAGGCUGAAGAGAUGGUGGAAUUUUCCAGUGGAUUGAAGGGCAUGGCCUUGAAUUUAGAGCCCGACAACGUUGGUAUUGUGGUGUUCGGCAAUGAUAGGCUAAUCAAGGAAGGCGAUAUCGUCAAAAGAACAGGAGCAAUCGUAGAUGUACCAGUUGGUGAAGAACUUCUAGGACGUGUUGUUGAUGCUUUAGGAAAUCCAAUUGAUGGAAAGGGUCCAAUAAAAGGAACACGCGCUCGUGUUGGAGUGAAAGCACCAGGAAUCAUUCCCCGAACAUCUGUCAAGGAGCCCAUGUUGUCUGGAAUCAAGGCCGUCGACAGUUUGGUGCCCAUUGGACGAGGCCAGCGAGAGCUGAUCAUUGGUGACAGGCAGACUGGCAAAACCGCUGUAGCCCUUGACACAAUCCUCAACCAGAGACGUUUCAAUGAUGAUACUGAUGAGAAGAAGAAGCUGUACUGUAUCUAUGUAGCUAUCGGCCAAAAGAGGUCCACCGUUGCACAGAUUGUACAAAGGCUCACUAAUCAUGACGCCAUGAAAUACACCAUUGUUGUAUGUGCUACUGCCUCAGAUGCUGCUCCUCUGCAGUACUUGGCCCCCUACUCCGGAUGUGCUAUGGGUGAAUAUUUCCGUGACAAUGGCAAACACGCUCUCAUCAUCUAUGAUGAUUUGUCAAAGCAGGCCGUUGCUUACCGUCAGAUGUCUCUGUUGUUGAGGCGUCCCCCAGGUCGUGAAGCCUACCCUGGUGAUGUCUUCUACCUCCACUCCCGUCUCCUUGAGAGAGCUGCAAAGAUGAACGACUCUUUCGGAGGUGGUUCCCUUACUGCUCUCCCCGUCAUUGAGACCCAGGCAGGAGAUGUGUCUGCUUACAUCCCAACCAAUGUCAUCUCUAUCACCGAUGGACAGAUCUUCUUGGAGACCGAGUUGUUCUACAAGGGUAUCAGACCAGCUAUCAACGUUGGUUUGUCUGUCAGCCGUGUCGGUUCUGCAGCUCAAACCAAAGCUAUGAAACAGGUUGCUGGCUCCAUGAAGCUCGAGUUGGCCCAGUACCGUGAGGUCGCUGCUUUCGCCCAGUUUGGUUCAGAUCUUGACCAGGCUACCCAGAACCUUCUCAACCGUGGUGUCAGGUUGACCGAGCUGCUCAAACAGGGACAAUACGUGCCCAUGGACAUUGCCGAGCAGGUUACAGUGAUCUAUGCUGGUGUCCGAGGCUACCUCGACAAAGUCGAUCCUGCCAAGAUCACAAAAUUCGAGGAGGAAUUCGUGAAACAUAUCCGUGGAACUCAAACCGAACUUCUCAAGACUAUCCGUGAGGAAGGCCAGAUCAGCGAUGCCACUGACGAAAAGAUGAAGAAUGUUGUCAAGGAUUUCAUGGCUGGUUUCAUGGCAAAAUAAGGAUAGUGGUCGUUAGCUACAAGUAAAUAAAUUAUAUCAUGUCCUACUAUAAGGUGUAUUGCUGGCAGGUGUUGCUCCAGCUGACCUUGCAGUAGGGGUACGCACGUGAUAGGUAUCUAACAAGGGACUGGUGGAAGUAUUGGGUCCAAUCUCACCGUGGACUGCCCAGACAAUGACUUACCUCCCUAGAAAAUGGAACUUUUUCAUUUGUGAGUGAUUUUACUAACUUUGUAAGUGAUUAGUCUGAGAUCAAUUUGUGUGUAUAGAAAUCUGAUUGCUAGGAAACGGCCUGUACAGAAGUUGACAAUAAUCUUGUCAUAAUAAAUCCAUUUUUGUGAUGA